ACAGGCUCUGUUAAUGGUUCAUUCGCUCAGGGUUAAGAGGCUGGAGCAGUAGUCAAGGGAGAGAUCCAGUGGAGACGGGACCGCACUGCCUUCUUCAGGACUGCUCCUUACCUUACCACAGAGACUGCCCAGGUGUCCCCUACAUCAUAUUCCCGGGAAGCUGCCAAGGGCCCAUCCUGACAGAGAUGCUGAUCCUGAACUGCUCCUCCAAGCUGCAGCAGCUGGAGGCUACUCUACGGAGGCGCCUGCCUGAGACAUUGCAGGUCCAUGGCGCCGUGAUGACCAUAAAUCGUGGGAACCCGGCAGCACAGGAGGUGCUGGUGGAUUCGUGGCCUGAGUUCAAAGCCGUCCUCACACGGCCACGCAAAGAGGUGGCAUUGGAUGACUCUGAUUUCUACACCAACAUGUACGCGGCAUACUACCGGGACCUGGGUGCCUACAGGGCCCUGCUGGGCAGUGCCGUCAACUGGAACCAGGCCUUCUGUAUCCACGGGCUCCGGGACGGGCUCUAUGAGGCCUCCAGGGACAUCGCCAACACUAAAGGGGUCAAGCUGGAGGUGUUCCGCUACUUCACUUAUUUUCACCCGGAUCCCAACACCUUGCCUGAAAUCCAACUAGACCCGGCUGUGAGGUUGUCAACCCUGGAUGUCUCCCACCUCGACCUGAUGAACGAGAUGUGGCCCUAUGGGGGGAACAAGUACAGCAAGAGGUUCCUGGAAAGCCUGAUCCGCUGCUUCCCCAGCUUCUGCCUCCUAGACUCUGCUGGCCACCUUGUCAGCUGGACUGUUUCAGACCCAUAUGGUGCCAUGGGGCGUAGCGUCACUAUGCCCGAGCACCGGGGACGCGGUUACAAUGGGGUCCUGAACAACUUGAUAGCCAAGCGGUUGCACGCACUAGGUUAUCCCAGCUACGGCCACGUGGCCGUGGACAACUACCCCAUGCAGAGGCUGCAGGAGAGGCAGAGCUUCCAGCGCCAGCCCAACUUGUGCCACUUCAUCCUCCACAACGCAGCACUGCAUAGAACCCCCUACGUUAACCCCCAGGCCAGCAGCGGGCACAGCCCCCGCAUGAGUCCCCAGCCCAGCCACCCAGGGGACCUGCCAGGCUGGGACUAACGGAAGCCAAGGGAGGGGGGUGCGGGAGUCUGGAGAUCAGUGUUACACCUCGUGGAACCAGUAACAUCUCCCAGCUCCAGCCUCACAUGGGAUCUGCUACCUCAUCCCCAAAGGCCUUGCCCUCCCUCACAGCCCUGUACCCAGCUUUACAGGGUCUGUCCUACUCUCCCGAGCCCCAUAACCUGCCCUUCUUGGUGGAGCCUAUCCCCCCAGACCCAUACACACAGCACCCCCAUCGAG